UGUGCACGUCAGAUAAGAAAGGACAUGUUUACGCACCACUAACGCAAAUAAAAACAGCAUAAUUUCACUUGGUUGAACACUUUUUGUAUCAUAGUUUCUGCAUCGACGUGACCCUGCGGAGCGAUGCGCCGCAGAUCGGGAGGGCUGAAGUUUGUGCGGAGCGUCGCCUCAAGUUACGACAUUAUUAACAGGUUGAUGUGCUGUUAAUGGGAGCGUGAGAGCUGGAGGCGGUGGAGCUCCAGGGGGCUAUGACGGCGCAGAGCAGCCCAGGACGGAGCAGCCCGGCGGGGGGAGAGCGGCUGGUGGAGGUCCUGCUCAGUGGCAAAGCUCCGUGGGGCUUCACUCUGAGAGGAGGGACGGAGCACAAGGAGCCGCUGGUCAUCACCAAGGUGGAGGAGGGCAGUUUUGCGGCUGCUGUGCGUCUGCAGGUGGGAGACGAGCUGGUGGGCGUGAACUCGGUGAUUCUGUGUGGGUCCAGACAGGAGGCCAUCUCUCUGGUCAAGGGCUCGCACAAGACUCUGUCCUUGGUCCUAAGAAGGAAGCAUGGCUCGGGGUCACGGCCUCACUCUUGGCACUCGUCGAAGCUGACAGAAGAGGAGACUUCUGGGAAACAGGCCUCCUCGGCUCCUGUGUGGCAGCUCAAACAUGACGCCAGGUCCAAAUCCCCCUCUCCAUCUCCAGACGAGCAGGUCCAGCGUCAGCCUUUAACCACGGCUCUGACCUCAGCCAAACCCAUGGAGCGACUGGACUUCUCCUCUCACCCUUUAACCCCGAUGAAAUACUCCAAUUCCAAGAAGUCUGACGUUCCCAACAGCAAACAAGAACCAACCCUCGGCUCUCUGACAAACCCCAGCGUCCACGACCCCCCGUUCAGAAAAGGAACCAGCUCCGAGAACAUCUUCUUCAAGGGACUGCAUCAGGAGAGAGGGAGGUUUUUGGGCAACGGCGGCUGGGAGGGGACGCAAGACCAGCCCAUGUCUCGUCUCUCCGUGGGAGGAAGACCCAAUGUCACUCCUGUUUGGCAAAUCCCGGAAAAGAAAAAGUCCCAAUCCCCUCCUCCGCCUCCUCCUCCGUUAAGAAGUGACAGUUUCGCCGCCACUAAAGUCUUCCCAUUUACCGACGUUCCUCAAAAACCCCACAACCAUUCCGCGGAGCAUUUGUUUGAUAAUAAUCUCAAAAAUCAGCAGGAUAAGUCAGAGCUGAGGAGAAGCUUGAAUCCAUUGCCGGUUAAUAAAGAUUUGCUGCAUCCAAGUUCUGCUGCAGAUCCAAGCUACAGACAGUUACAGCCGAACAAACUCUUUUCACUGUCAAGCAUCGACGUCCGCCAUUUCGGCCCUCAGCCCGUUCACCAAAGACAGUACAGCGACGAAAGCCCGUUAUAUUUAACGAGAACAGUCCCCAGUGCCAAAAGUCAAAGCGUGGCCAGUUAUUACCGUAGCCUGCAGGAUCUACCUACCAAUAUCCGUAAAAAUCAGCGAAGCGCGACUCUGAACUCGUCUGUGGUUCAAAAUGUCGGGAAAUGUUACAGACCUGCUCAAGAUCCACACAAGUCGCACUGGUUAAACGCAAACGAAUCAGGUUUGCAAGCAGGUUUCAAGGCGAAAACGUUGUACAAUCCGCCGCCGGAACGAAACGGACAGUUACAAUUUGAUAAAGAAGUCGCGAGGAAUCAAGAAGAAAGCGAUUUGAAGAAGCAGCUUGAAGUAAAAAGACAGCAGGACCCGUGGGUGCCGCAAGAGGACCAUCGGAUCACGGCGCAAAAAACUCCCCUGCUCCAUUCGUUAGCCCAGGAAAACCGCGCGUUGACACCCUUAGCGAGCCAGGAAUCUAACGAAUCGACAGCUAGCGGGAAAAUCAGCCGGCGUAGCGACCGUUACGCCACAACGCUACGGAACGAAAUCCAACAAAAACGCGCACAGUUGCAAAAAAGUCGGAGCGCCGCGACUUUGUCCUGUGAAGUAGAGGAAGAGGAGGAGGAAAGUGAAGAUUGGAAAACUACGGGAAUAUCAAAUACCUACAAGGAUCAUUUAAAAGAAGCUCAAGCCAGAGUUUUACAAGCGACUUCGUUUCAGAGACGGGAUUUAGAACCGGCGAUCAACGUGAAACCGAACGGGAGAGUAAGAGGCAGGAAGCGUUUACCUUUAGCCAAACGAACUCACUCUUUUUCUGAGCCCGAUAAAAUGGACAAGGUCGGAGUGGAGGGAGGGCAUCCGACGGAGUCUUUUGAACGCAAGAAAUUCACUGAAGCGAAACCAGCUUUUUCUAAACCCGUAGCAAAGACCAGCGCAAGCCAGAGCAACGACGAUAUAGAGACAGAGAAGGAAAGCAGUCAAAUUCAGUCGGAGCUGCAGAGGUUGGGGACUUUCGCCGAGUACCAGGCCACGUGGAACAAACAGAAGAAAGAAACGAAAACUCAAGGCAGAUUUCACUCAGCGGAAAAUAUUUUAGACGCAGAUGAGAAAACUGUGUGUGUCCACGAGCGAUCCAGGUCCUCCCCAUCUGCAGAUUUUCACUCAACGAAUAAUUCUUCCCCAUGGAGAGACCUUCCAGUCCCACAGAGCAGCCAGACCAGAGAAGAACCAGAGUCUGCGGUCCAGCCUCCAGACCACAGCCCACAUCCACCUCCCUCUGCGCCCAGGAACGAGGGCCCUUUCCUGGACGCCCACAACACUCCAAACCCCGGAGCUGCUGCCACUCUUUUAGCUCCAGAAACCACAUCCUCGGAGCCAGAGAAAACCCAGCCGGAGCCAGAGGGAGACAGCUCUGCGCCCGUCACGUCUCACCCAAACACCGCCUCUCCUCAGCUGCGCCCGGGCAGGAUCACAGACGAAGGCUCCCCCAGGCCGGAGGGCGAGUCCAGCCCCGUGAGGAAAGUUCCGGUGAGAAUCCUCCACUCAGACACGGGCCCCGAGCGCUGCCUCCUGCCCCAGAACAGUGCACCGUCUCUGGGCAACAUCGGCUGCUCUGCCCCGUCUCCCUCCAGUGCCUUCACUCCGCUCCCAAAACAAGAAAACCCACAACCGUCCCAGAACUCACAUGUGACGGGGCUGCCCUCCCCAGCGCCCGCACCCCUGUGCCCGUCAGACGCCCACGCCGCCGAGGACCUGAAGAGGGCGGAGCUGGCGCGUGACAUCAUGGACAAAGACCGGUCUCUGGCUGAAGUCCUGGACCAGAGCGGCCGCAGGACCACCAUGGACCUGAUGGAGGGACUGUACCCGGCCGAGGAGGGGGUCCUGGGGGGCAACGCUCUGAGACACAGGGCCUCCACCUCCAGAGCUCCAGCCUCUCCACGGACCAGCGACAGGAGGGAGGAGGACGGCGCGUCUCUCUCGGCCUCUUCGUGUCUCGUCCCCAGCUCGUCGUAUUACAACACGUCCGCUCCUAAAGCUGAGCUGCUCAUCAAAAUGAAGGACAUGGGGCAGGAGCUGGAGCAGGACUCCGAGGACGAGCUGGACACUGACCUGGCCAGCAAAAAGUUGGAGCUGAUCUGGAGCCUGGCGCGUAAACUGGAGGUGCUCCGAGAGGCCCGAGAGUCUCUGCAGGAGGACGUGGAGCAGAACGAGGCCCUGGGGAGGGAGGUGGAGGCGACGGUGCAGAGGAGCUGUCAGACCAACCAGCUGGAGCGCUUCAGGAUGUUCGUGGGAGACCUGGACAAAGUGGUGUCCCUGCUCCUGUCUCUGUCCGGACGCCUCGCCCGAGUGGAGAACGCUCUGAACAGUCUGGAGGAGGAUGCGCCGAACAACGAGAAGCUCACCCUGACAGAGAAGCGCUCCCUCCUGAUGCGGCAGCACGAAGACGCCAAAGAGCUGAAGGAGAACCUGGACCGCCGGGAGAGGCUGGUGUCCGUCGUCAUGGAGACGCACCUCGACCCCGAGAGCCUGGACGACUACCGGCAUUUCGUGAAGAUGAAGUCCGCGCUCAUCAUCGAGCAGCGCCGCCUGGAGGACAAGAUCAAACUGGGAGAGGAGCAGCUCAAGUGUCUGCUGGACAGUCUGCCGCUGGAGCAGAGGCCGCUGCUGUGAAGGGACACGAGGAGGAAAGUGAAAGUAAAACUCCUCUGAGAAUCGACUGACAGGGAGUUUAAAAGUCCUGUAUUACACUAAAUGCAUUUUUAUGAGCAUUAAGACGUGUUAUAAUGUUGUUUCCUCAUCAAAAACAGACCUGGAGUUGUGUUUUGUUUCCUUCACACAUGUUUGAAUCCUGCAUUUUUAGCAAUUUACAAGUUCAUCUACUUUUCACUUUUCGUUCAGUCGAGAUUUGCAAUUCCAGGGCAAAAGUAUUUUCAGUUUGAGAGAAGAACUCAGCCUAAAUGUGCAGCGUUUGUGUGUUAAACUUGUGUGAAUGAAACAGCAACACAACUCCAGGUCUGUUUGUGACGAGAAAACAACAUCAGAACUAAUAAAUAAUACAUCCAUUUUUACCAGUUGUCGAAUAAUAUGAAUUUUGGUCGAAUAUUGUUUUGAAGAUUUGACCUGACUAAAAGUGCAUUAUGUAACUUUUCUUGGGAACUUUGUUGUUAUUGUUUUGCCUGGAAUGUCACGCGAGUAAGGAAGUGGAAGUUUGGUGUUAAGGAUGUAACAAUAACCAAAAUGUUGCGAUAUCUUACUGUAGUGGCGGGCGAUAUCUCGAUAUUUAAAAUAUAUCGAGAUAUUUUUUUAACUUGAUAUGGAUUUUGACAUAUCGUGUAUAUCAAUAUAAUGCUUAUAUAUUCUGAUUUUGCCGCUUCGCUUAUUUGCCGUCCAUCUCCUCACUUUUGUUUCCCCUCCUCUUUGACGCUCCCCUCGCGCGUGUCUCAUUCAACACAGCGGUGCCCAAAACCAGCCAGGAGAAUACAGAACUCGUCUCAAAAAGGGACAACUGGCUCCAUUAUACGGAGAUACUUCGAUUUUAGGGUGUUGGACAAAUAGCUGACACGUGUCUACUGACGUGAAUGUCGAAAGUUACUAGCACCACGAACCUUUUCCACCGUUUACAGACAAGGCCAACAGCAGCACAUCCUCUGUCACAGAGAGAAUCAUAGAUCCAUGGAGAGAACACUCAUAUUCCACUGAGUCGUGUCCUUUAGUCCGACAGAAGCUGAACCACAUCAGCGACACAAGGAGCAACUGUUUAUGUCAGUUUAUGCAAAUGAGCCGUGCAGUUUUAAGUUUUGUUUCUGUAAAACGUAAACACGUGUUUGCAAAGUUGCAUUAAACACAUUAUAAUCUCAAACGGGCUGAUGUGGCUCUAUAGUAAUGAUAUCGAGAUAUAUAUCGUAUAUCGAGAUAUGGCAAAAUAUAUCGAGAUAUAUUUUUUGCUCCAUAUCGCCCAGCCCUAUCUUAUCGUCAAAAGUCUCACAAUAUAUCGAAUUACAUGUUCCUUUAUUUAAAUGUACGGUUUUAUAGUAGCAACACCUUGGAAACAGAGAGAACUUCAUAUCCCAUGAUUCAUUUCAGCGCAGACAACAUGAAGAAAUACUUUUUUUACUUGAAUUCUUGGGAUUAUGACGGAAAUAAUUCACACCAAAAUCUUCUCAAGGUCUUUUAAAAGCAAAAAAAAACGUGAGAUUUGGAUAUCGUUACAUCCCGACUAUUUAUCUUGCAUUUCUUUCAUUUACAGGAGUUUAAAACACAUAAAAAAACACCAAAAAAAAUCAUGCUUUCUUACUGUGAGCGGAGUCGCCUCUCCACAGAUCUGUCCUGUAACUUCGUCUAGUAAAAUCACCUGCUUGUUACCAUGGAGAUCGAUAAGUUUAAUACACUUGUGGAACAUUUUAAGAAUAAUAAUUAACAAUAAUCAGGUUUACAUAGAGCUUUUUUUGACACUCAAAACUCCUAAGAAAAGUUACAUAGGGCAACUUUAAUAUGGAAUUACAUGUUUUUAUCAUUUCAAAAUUAAAAUCUAACCUUUAUUAUUUAAAUAUACUCUAAUUUCCAACCAAAUAGUAACUUAUAAUACUAAAUCUACGUAUUUUAUAUUAUAUUGUGUAUUAUUUUGCACUUCUUAUUCUCCUCGAGUGAAGUGAACUGUGUAAUAUUUCUGUUUAAAUACAUUUUGUAGUAACUUAUUUUAGCCUUUGGAAAUAUUUAACCACGUUUGUACUGAAAUGAGACGACUCCAUAAUAUGUAAAAAAUAUAUAUAUAAUAAAAUGUAUUACUGUAUAAAUGUGUAUUAUGUGAAGGACGGUCUUCGGAUUUUAACUUUUGGAUUUUUUUGAUGUGAGAAUUUCAACUAAAAAUAUUAUUCACAGA